CAUGUGGCCAGGGAAGGAGGGAAGAGUCAGAAGACAGAGAGAAAAAAAGAGGGAGAAGAAAGAGAGGAGGAGGGCUUAUACUCGCUGGCCAGGAAAAGACUGUCGAGAGAGAGAGGAAGGAGAGGUAAGGAAAAAAGUGGAAGAGAAUUGACACACGUUGGUAACAACUACAGAGCAAGAGAGAGAGAGCAAACAGGAGUCCGAGGAAGGGAAAGAGAAAAGAAGGGGGUGAGAGAGAGCGAUUAAUAGAGGAGGCGGAUCCGACUCACACUGUGGUCUGAGAGAGGGGAUUCCUGUGUGGUGAAUAGUUUUAGUUGGGACUCCAGUCCUGUGUUCUCUGACUUAUCUACCAGUCUCUGUUUCUGUCUGGACCAUAAGCUCCCAUGCUGGGUCACAGAAGCCCUAAACACAACACGACCACAACAGGAACAUUACAGGACCACUCUGUUGGACCCAUGCACAGGAUUAUUGCAGUUCGAAGGAGAGGUCGAAACACGGUCUGAAAAGAAUCUUAUCAGAGCAGGACCGCUUUUUGAGAUAACUGUAGAAGUGAAGAGUGACCACUGUGGUUUGACCACAAUCUGAACACAAUAGGACCGUUUGACCAGGAGGGGAAAACGUGGGAACUGUGGGAACCGUGGUUUGAACAGGAACACUUUCCUUUCUAGGGAGUUGUGGGGUCUGUGGUUUGACCUGAACAGGACCGUGGGGGCUGUGGCCUGGACAGGACAGUAACGUGUGGGAGAGAAGGUGACAUCAUGAGUAUUGUUAUGAAGCCACGAUCUCGCUCCAUCAGCUCUCUUCGGAACAUGGAAGGAAUCUGUUUCGAUGUGGACAACGGCACAUCGUCGGGGCGCAGCCCACUGGACCCCAUGGCCAGCCCGGGGUCUGGGCUCAUACUGCAGGGCAACUUUGUCCACAGUCAGCGGAGAGAGUCCUUCCUCUACCGCUCCGACUCGGACUAUGACCUGUCACCCAAGUCCAUGUCCAGAAACUCCUCCAUCGCCAGUGACAUUCAUGGCGACGAUAUGAUUGUAACACCAUUUGCACAGGUUCUGGCCAGUCUAAGAACUGUACGAAAUCAUUUUGCUGCAUUAAGCAAUUGUUCACAAGACAGAGCGUCCAACAAGAGAUCACCCAUGUGUAAUCCACCACCCAUCACCAAGACCACCUUCACAGAGGAGGCCUACCAGAAACUGGCCACCGAGACGUUGGAGGAGCUGGACUGGUGCCUGGACCAGCUGGAGACCCUGCAGACCAGACACUCAGUUGGCGAGAUGGCCUCCAACAAGUUCAAGAGAAUGUUGAACAGGGAGCUCAGCCACCUGUCUGAGAUGAGUCGCUCAGGGAACCAGGUGUCAGAGUUCAUCUCCAGCACCUUCCUGGACAAGCAGCACGAGGUGGAGAUGCCGACUCCCCAGACGCAGAAGGAGAAGGAAGACAAGAAGAAUAGACCCAUGUCUGAGAUCAGUGGAGUGAAGAAACUGCAGCACAGCUCCAGCCUCACCAACUCUAACAUACCCCGCUUCGGAGUCAAGAGCGAGACAGAGGAUGAACUGGCUAAGGAGAUGGAGGAUGUAAAUAAAUGGGGCCUUAACGUUUUCAAAGUCACUCAGUUCUCUGGGAACAGGCCCCUGACCGUCAUGAUGCACACUAUAUUCCAGGAAAGAGACUUGUUAAAAACUUUUAAAAUUCCACUCGACACUUUUAUAACCUACCUGAUGACCUUAGAAGACCAUUACCAUGGCGAUGUGGCCUACCACAACAACAUCCAUGCUGCUGAUGUCACCCAGUCCACUCACGUGCUGCUAUCCACCCCCGCUCUAGAGGCUGUGUUCACAGACCUGGAGAUCCUAGCUGCCAUAUUUGCCAGUGCUAUUCAUGACGUGGACCACCCUGGAGUCUCCAACCAGUUCCUCAUCAACACCAAUUCGGAGCUGGCCCUCAUGUACAAUGACUCGUCAGUCCUGGAGAACCACCACCUGGCUGUGGGCUUCAAGCUGCUUCAGGAAGAGAACUGUGACAUCUUCCAGAACCUGACCAAAAAACAACGACAAUCACUGCGCAAGAUGGUCAUCGACAUUGUCCUAGCGACUGAUAUGUCCAAGCACAUGAACCUCCUGGCUGACCUGAAGACCAUGGUGGAGACCAAGAAGGUGACCAGCUCUGGAGUUCUACUCCUGGACAACUACUCUGACAGGAUCCAAGUUUUGCAGAACAUGGUGCACUGUGCAGACCUGAGUAACCCCACCAAGCCCCUGCAGCUGUACCGCCAGUGGACCGACCGCAUCAUGGAAGAGUUCUUCACCCAGGGGGACAGGGAGAGGGAGAGAGGCAUGGAGAUCAGCCCUAUGUGUGACAAACACAACGCCUCUGUCCAGAAGAGCCAGGUGGGCUUUAUUGACUACAUCGUCCACCCUCUAUGGGAGACAUGGGCAGACCUGGUCCACCCUGACGCUCAGGACAUCCUGGACACUCUGGAGGACAACAGGGAGUGGUACCAGAGCACCAUCCCCCAGAGCCCUUCACCCACCCUGGACGAGCCUGAGGACGGCAGCCGUCCCCCUGGAGGGGACAAGUUUCAGUUUGAACUCACCCUGGAGGAGGACGGGGAAUCAGACACGGAGAAGGACAGUGGCAGUCAACCCGAGGAAGAGGAUGAAGAAGAGGAGAACAGUUGUAGUGACUCAAAAACACUCUGUACGCAGGACUCAGAGUCAACAGAGAUACUACUGGACGAACAGGUGGGGGAGGAGGAGGAAGAGGAAGUGGAGGGAGAGUCCUCUUCAUCACAACCUUGUGUAGUGGAGGAGGAAGAGGAGGGGGAGGAAGGGGAAGAGAAGGGCGAGGAGAAACCAGCCGAUACAUAGCAGUGUAUGCACUGCAACUAAACUUUUCUUCUUAGUAACCAGAGAUGAUUAUUUCUAGAGUAUUUUGGGGGAUUUAUGGACUAUGUCUGUUAUUUUUUUUAUAUAUUUAUGUUUAGGGUUCCAAAGCGCACGCUGUUCACCCCUUGGCCACUCCUCCCUCCUCAUCCUUGGUCAGCUUCUCAGACACACCCAUUGGUACUUCUACAACUUUUUUGCACUCAGGAAAACUCUUUUCCAUUCCCGUUUGUACCGGAGUAGUCUGUGUGUUAUUUCACUUCAAAACCUAGUCCUAGUGUGUUGAAGUUACAUUAAGGAUUAUGAUUAGAGAUUAGAGUGUGUUUCAUGCUGUUCAUAUACAGUAUAUCUCUACUCCUUUCAGCCUUGGCUGACCAAUGGCGGUGUUUCUGUGUGUUAUUAAGUGCCCAUUCUUCAGAAGUCACUAUAGUGUCUGUUUUUCUUAGUUGUUUGUAUUUAUCAGCAAAGCAACACGCUACGUUGUUGUGUGGUCUGGAUGAAUGAAAUCCCAACAGGACACGUCACGAUGGAGAGAGGCGCUGCAGCACAUUGAGAGAAAAAUGCAUUGUGGGAAUUUAUCAAGACACUUUUCUGAAGUUGAAGUCUUCCUUGAAAACCUGACUAAAAAGGCUAAGAUCUUACAGCUCUAAUGCUCGGUUUAACCUCGAUAGAGUUUUUGUAUCGUACCAUACAUAACAUGGAGAUCUAUUGUAGAUUCUACUUUUGUUAACCAAGAAAAAAAAAGUGACUUUUGAAAACAUUUGAAAGGCACUUGAAAACUGUUGAUGAGAAAUGCCUCAUCUGCCACUGCUUUUCUGUGUGUAAAAGGGUAACUUUUUAUUGUUUUGGGGGAGUAUUGGGGAGUAUUCUCAGACUUACAAAUCAAGCCCUUGCCCCUACCCUCUACGCAGUAGAUCUGAGAGGAUUGGAUAGAUAUUAGCAAAUCCAAUCCUCUCAGAUCUACAGGAGUGCCUAAAGGGUAGGUGCUAGGGCUUGAUUUGGGAUUGCACGUUUAUCAAAAAGCAUUUACACUAUUACUCCCAUAACACUGUCCCCAUGUUCGGUUGUCAUAAUCGUGCAACAAUCAUUUCAAGGAUCGUUUUCCCUGAAGAAAAACAUGACACAUGUUGACACAUACUUGACUUUACGUUGAAUGAAAUCCUUUUGUCUGACUGACCAGAAAGAAUCCUUGAAGUUCUACUUAUUGUUGCCUGCAGUAAAUAUGAGCGCAUGUCAUCUUACAAUGCAAUGCUUGUUAGAAGCAUUGGAGUGCUGCAUUGGAGUGCUGCAAGUGUACAGAGGUGAUGUCACCACACUCUGCUGUACUGUGGAAGUCUAUGGGGGGUUUGAUACCUAUAGCAAUGUUAUAAUAGAAUUUUGGUAAUUUGGUGGGUUGCGACACUUUUUGUGCUACGCACAUGGUGAACUUAUUUCCUAUUACUUGUCAAUCAUGUCUCCAUUUCCUGAUUGUGGUGUAGGGAGGUGGUCAAUUCGAUUUCAUAUUCGGGACGCAAUUUAUUGAAUAAUAGUUCAAUAAUAAUAAACACAGAGAUUAAUCUUUCAAAUCCCUCAGAUAAAGUAAUAGCUUUGUGAGAUGUCUGAAAUAUGUACAGUGACAGUCAUUAUUACAGCAACAUUUGUGAGUGCUAAUAAGAAACAAAUCAAUUCCGGUUCAAUAAUUGAAAGUUCCUCAUUGAAAAUAAAUAGCUCUUUUCAAGUCUUGAAUAGGAAUUUCAAUUCAUAUCCUGAAUUUACUUCAAAUGGAAUUGUCCACAGCCCUUACUGCAGGUCAGUAAUAUUUUCCAAUGCACUUCAUGGUUGAUGUUUUCAUACAUUAGCAUUCACAGCCAUUCUGAUUCCCAUGUAAAAUAGCCUUUUGAGUGACUAAGAUAUCACUCAUAAUAUUUGGGGGGAUAGAAAUGUUCAACAACAAACAAAUAACUACCAGGAAGUUUUAAGGUGAGGAGCUAAUAUUCAUGAGUUUGCCUUGAUUGACAGCUCUUAGAAAGGCCUCUGUCAUGAAACUUGAAUGCAGUGAGCAGUGUUGCAGUAAAAUCAUCUCAAGCAGAUUUGGUGAAACACAAGCAACUCAAACAACAUUGAAAUUGCAUCAAUGAUGUACAUAUUUUAAUCUCCCAUUCGGCAUGUCUCUUGUGAUGCGGUUCACAGCAGCACUGACAGAUGUGUUGACAUGACAACUGACUCAUAGUUUUGUUUCGACCCUCCCCCCUUUUGUUCCAUGCUGUCUGAAGACCUAGCUAGCCACUAGCUAACACCAGACACAGAUGAAGACCUAGCUAGCCACUAGCUAACACCAGACACAGAUGAAGACCUAGCUAUCCACUAGCUAACACCAGACACAGAUGAAGACCUAGCUAGCCACUAGCUAACACCAGACACAGAUGAAGACCUAGCUAGCCACUAGCUAACACCAGACACAGAUGAAGACCUAGCUAGCCACUAGCUAACACCAGACACAGAUGAAAUGGGAGACAUAUAAGUAUCUUUGCCAUAGAUUAAUAGUGUAGACUUUUAAUUAUAUUUGCUGACACCCUACAGUCUAAAUUUGGCAACAGUAGAGUAGCUAUAUAAACCAAACCCCUCCGCAAACACUCUUUCUAAAAUGUUGGUAACAAGGCGGUACUUAUUUAAAUUAGGCAAGAGAAUAUCAUGUUACCGUUGGUGUGUUAAAAUUAGAGUUAGGGUGAUGUCACCCUAUCCCUUUAAUAAUCAUGAAUCCAAGUGUUUGACAUGGGGGAGGGGACCCAAACUUUUUCAAUGUAGAAGCAACAGUCAUUUUUCAUACUUCUGAUCAUUGUAUUUUGAUUUGGUUUCAUCCAAAUAUCAUCCAGUUUGAUUUAAAACAUAAUUUUGACUGUUCAUGACCCUCUGUCAUUGUCCUCACACUAUCCUUGGAUUUGUUUGUUUUGACCAAGAACACAAGACAAUCAGCUCCAUGGUACAGUGGUCUCAUAAGAAGACAAGUCGGCUAUAGAUAAUGCCUUGAUGUUUUCAUAUCUCACUACUUCACUUUUUUUUAAAUUUAAACUCGCCAAAACUCACGUGCUCAUUGGGCUUGAACAAGACUCUUUACACUUCAGCCAAGAGACUUUCUUUUACACAUUUCUAUUGUUGUUGGUAUUACAAUUGAUGCUAUUAUUUAUUGAUAUAUUUUUGUAUUAGUUGUGUCUUUCUUGCCAUAUAAAGGCGGUACAGUCAAGCUCUCGCUGUAGCAUAGACCGCUGUACAGGCUUUCCAGUUACUAUACCCAAAUAGGCUUUUUUUCUCUAAAUAUGUACAUACAGUAUAAAAAAUUCAAGAAUUGUUAGAGUGCUUAUUUGAAAAGAAGUGUGUAAUUUGAAAUGUUUUAUUUCAUUCUUAUGUUCUUGUGCCAAGUUGUUUUUCUCCAUCCUCACCCGAUGACCUUACCAUAAUACCGCUUAUCUGGUUGUAUCUCUGUUUACAAACAUAUAUUUAUUGUGUUGUAUAUACUAUAAUUAUUAUUAUUCUCAUCAUGAUGCUGUUUGUUGUAAAUGAUUUACUCUUAUCAUCCCUUAUGGUGAUGGUGUGGCUGUAUUGCGUACCUCUUGUUGAGAGAAUGUUUAUUACACAUACUUAUUCAGUGUAAAAUGAUCCAUUGGUUUUGGUUAACUGAGAAGCUUGCUCAGAGCGAAGGAGGACAGGGGAAAGCCAAAUAGUUUUUUAGAGGAAGCUGUUCCUUGGCCCAUGGGCUGUGCCUUAAAUUCAACAUGCCAUGUUUUAGUGUCUCUGUUAUUUUUCUUCUCCUCGUUUGCUGCAUUAGGUAGUCUUGUGGUUUGAGCUGACCUGACCCAGACAAUGGCCUCGAGUUGUGAAAGGAAUUCAUGAAAUAAUGUUGCCUUUUUCCUUCACAGCCAAAUCAGAAAUAUUAUGUGAACAUGGAAAAAAAAAGGCAGCACAUGCUACACAUUCUGUUGUCAAGUUUGAAAAUGGAGGUCAUGGCUGUGGAGUUCCAGGUCGACUCGGGCCAGGCUGGAUCUGUGGGGACAGUGGAUCCUAUAGGGUUGUGAAGCACCAAGACGUAGAGACACAUCCACGUGUUCAGUCACUGCUGCAUUUAUUUAGGCUGAAACACUCACGAUGUGCUACUCAGCCAUGCUUGGCAAGCACGUUCACUCAUACCACAUGCAAUAUCCAAAACCACUGUCAUCUUUCUGCUUAAAGAGGAGAAGGCUAGUAAUUAUGGAGUGAGGUGGGGUGGGGGUAAGGGGGGGUGUCAUCUUUCUGCUUAAAGAGGAGAAGGCUAGUACUUAUGGAGUGAGGUGGGGUGGGUGUAAGGGGGGGUGUCAUCCUAAAAACACAUCCUUCGAUGGGGACUCUUAUUUUGACACGCAUACUGUAGAUUCUAAACAGCCCUGGACCAAUGGAAGCGGUGGGUUCUUUUCUCAUUUUGUGUUCUUAUGGGAUGAAAGAAAUACACAAACUGUAACACACAAACUGUAACUUCAAAAAGGUCUUCAGGACAAUUAUUUUUGGGUUAUGUCUUUAGAAUGCCAACUUGUCUGGAAGUUUCACAAGACAAUAUAAAGUUAUUUUAAUGGAUUCCUUGUUAAUUGCAGUCUAUUGGAUAGCACUGUAGAUCAUAAACUUUCAGUAAAAAAAAAGAAAACUGAAGAAAAAAUGUUUUUAUAUGCAACAGAUGAAAUAAAAGCAUGGGUUGAUUCUGCCUA